ACGCCAUUAGCCAGGCAGCCUCAGAUGUCAACAGGGAGGCGGGGCAGGGCAUGUAGCUAAUCGUCCUUCCGCUCUGCCAUUCUCCCGGUUAUUUAAGUUCACCUGCAGUUAAAGUGUGCCGCGGUGAGGUAUAUUAACAAUGGCGGAGGAUGCGAUAUUCGACUUGCUGCAUAUGGAGGCCGUCUCGUACGUGUUCCAGGGUGACAAGAUUUCCGAGGAUGAGGCUGUUGCAAAACUAGAGCAUAUGGGAUUUGCUACAGGUUACAGACUUGUAGAAAGGUUGACGAGAGAAUCUGGACGAUUCAAGGAUGAGCUGGACAUCAUGAAGUACAUUUGUAAGGACCUCUGGGUUAAUGUGUACAGGAAGCAGAUUGAUAACUUGAGAACAAAUCACCAGGGUGUUUAUGUCCUGCAUGACAACCGCUUCAGGUUUUUGUCACACAUGGCUGCAGGGAAACAGUAUCUUCAGUAUGCUCCAAGAUAUCUGGCUUUUACUUGUGGACUGGUGCGCGGCUGCCUGGCCAAUCUGGGGAUCACAUGUGUAGUUACAGCUGAGGUGACUCAGCUUCCUGCAUGCAAGUUCCAAAUACAGGUUCAACGAGGAUGAGCAGCACAAGUGUUGUUCCUAAGUGGCCUCAUGUAAAGAGAAUUCAUCAGAGGUAAACUGAUGUAAGCAGCACUAAGAUUUUCUACAAUUUUCUUAUAAUGAGUAACUAUGUAAUAUAUAGUUUUCUCCAAUAUAAGUGGGCUUUUUUGUUUCCUCAUUUUUUUCCUCUUGAGACGUCUCCUUUUCUGUAAAAAAUAUGUAGUUGCUGAUCCCAAUAGAGUCUGGAGUAUUUUAAACUCUGAUGUUUAUCUCAGGUAGUUAUCUGUAACACUAACCUUACUUUUUCCCAUUUUGAAUCUGAAGUAAAUGUACGGCUCUAUGGCUACUAAUUUUAUAUAUAUUUAUAUAUACAAUGAAGAAUCUGAUUCAGUUUCAUUGAACUGUAGAUCAAGAAUCUAUGCCCUUUUAUUUUGAGUGUGUGUAAAGAAGUUUCCUUAAGAAAUCUAUAUGCUUUACCAUGUUUGUAUAUUACAGAGCAUGAAGAUACUCAUGGUUAGGAAAAUAUAAUGAAUAAACAACAUGACAUCAGUAAAACAUUUAAAAUGUGUUGUGCAAGGAUUACAUCAGACUUAUUUCCUGUGUUAAGGGUGAUGUAUUUAUCUUUAGAAUUUUAUCGUUAGAUGUUGCUCUCGUAGAACUCAUUGUUAAUCUGAUGAGGUGGCUCAAAUGUCACAGCAUGAAUUUGGUUAAGAAGAGGUGUCAGGUAACUUAACUGAUCACAUCGUUCCAGGAUUGUAUGGAAUAUGAGUCUGUAAGGUUUCACCAAGUGAAGGUAACUUGCUGGUAAUCUGGAAGAUCUGGUAACUUUGCUCCAGGAGUGUGUGAAUGAUACACCACAGUUCUAAUGACAAGUAGAAAUAAGCACUGACCAAUGGACCACCAGGUUACCUUUGCCUCUAUCCAAUAUGCAGAGUGGGAUAUGUUUACCUAUUGUAGGUAGUACUGUGAGCCAGGUGUGUCAUGGCUCUAUGUGCAGAAACUCUGUGCUAUUGAUGGCAUUGGUGGAUUAAGAAUGUGAUAAACUUCAAAUAUUUUGUACAGCACUCAAGAAGAUUCAUUAUGUAUCUGUUAGUGAGUUUGUCUCGAAUACAUGUAAUUAAAAAAAAAAUUAUAUUCUCUCAGUAUCUGAAAAGGGUAGCUUCAUGGAAAAUCCAUGGAGGCAAAAUAAAAAAAUAUUGAUCACAAAGAUUUUAAGCAUA